UGAGCGUGCAUAAAUAUAUGUGUCGCCUAUCUGCACCUGUUCCUCUGGUAACAAUGAUGGAGCGAUGUGAAGAAUUUAAACAUGAUAUAAACUCCAGCAACAAAUAUCACGUUGGAGAUGGUACGGAAGCAAUUGCUCUGGAUUGUGAAAUGGUUGCUGGUGGAAGUGAUGGAUCACUGGACCUGUGUGCAAGGGUGUGCCUGAUUGAUGAAGACGAGACUAUCCUCUUCCACACUUACGUGCAGCCCCAAUAUCCUGUCGUUAAUUACAGAUAUGAAGUUACUGGGUUAACAGAAGAGCAUCUCAGAGAUGGCAUGCCACUCCAAAAAGUGCAAGAUAAGGUUUUGCAGAUUUUGUAUAAUGGAAAGACCAAGCUUCUUGUGGGGCAUAGUUUAGAAAAUGAUUUGGAUUGCUUGAGAAUAAACUAUCCUGAUUACCUGCUGAGGGAUACUGCAAACUACCAUCCUCUGAUGAAAACAAAUCUGGUUAGCCACCCGCUCAAGUACCUCACCAGAACAUAUCUAGGGUAUGAUAUCCAGUCAGGUUUUCAUGAUCCAUAUGAAGAUUGUGUGUCUGCUAUGAGACUCUACAAAAGGUUCUGUGCGCUAGAUCAUCAGAAAGAAGGCAAUGUGGCUUCACUUGCUAUGCUGUGUGCAAAAGACAUCCCUGGAAGUUUUGAUUCUUGGGAAACCGACAAACUUGAGAAGAUGACGGUCGAUGAGCUUUAUGAAAUGUCGAGACCAAACUACAAAUGUUGGUGCCUGGAUUCAGCGCAAGCAAUGCAACCUCAGCAUUAGAUUCUCACUUGAAGUUAAGUUAUUGCAAUUUUCGUUCACAUACCGCAGGAUUGACAGAAACAUCACAUGUAGGAAUAUAUGUAGGAAUUACAAGUCUGAAGCUGUUGGAGAUUCUGAGCAAGGGUACCAUCGCACAUAUGUAGUAGGAAUCUUGUUAGGGGGUCAUGCCUUAAUGUUAUAUAAGUUUGUUCAUGCCUCCUUUUUCGUCAUCGGUCUCGGAUGGUGAAAUGAUGCAAAUUCUCAAAGGCCCCGUUUGGUUUGGGAGAGAGGAUUUGCAUUUGCAUUUAGAUUUCAAAUCUAUGGAUAUAAUUUCUUGACAUGAUUUUGCUGCUUGGGUUUGGGGGUAGAUUUCAUCUGUGUGAUUUGGAUUACCUACAGAGUACGGAGCUUCUGCCCUGUGGUGCACAUGAUGAGAUGCUUAAAGGUUAAGAGGGUGAGUUAGUAAUUUACAAGGUGGGUAUACGUAUAAAUUUCUCUAAAGGUAGAACUACUUUUUGUUUUAUACGUAUAAACCGAAAAAGGAGGGUUGGGCCUCUGUCACUAUUUACGGCCCACCUAGCCCAUUUUCAGCUGUCAGAUUAGCAACCACUUGUGGGCUUGUGGCAUUCUAAGGUAAUAGUAAUACCAAAGCAAAUGUAAAUUCUGCUCCGAAAAAAGUUAACCCAAAAAAUAAAAAAAUUAGAGGACUACUGUUCAACCAA